AUGCCUGGACACAGGAAUCGCAACGGCCGCCGAGGAAACGAUCCUAGAGGCACCAACCCCCAGCGCCAGUCUACAGGACCACGAGCUGGGACUCCGAAUGCGUCGCAAGCCAGAAGAGGUGCGAAGGCAGGAUCGAAUAUGAAUAGGUCAAUAGACUCGGUCCACAACGGCUCGGCGAGACAAGCUACACCUCCUCCCGAACAACAUGUCGCCAUGGCGGGCUUCAACUCCGAUGCAGUCGAAGCCGUUCUUAGGCAGGGGUUGGAUACCAAGGCGCCUGUUUACAAGCCAGAAACUACUCCUCAAACAACUAAACCGGAAAGUCCCUGGGGCCUGAAACCCGGUGCGAUGGCAAAUGGCAAGGAUUUCUGGCUCGACUUACGCAAACAAGUCGCCGCCCUCCAGCAGACAGGUGGCACCAGUCAGGGAGGUUGA